CUCUCUUUUUCUUGCGCGCGCGCACGUACGCACCUGGUGCGUCGAGACGACGCGAAAUAAAAAUUCCUGCGAUUCGUAUUCCUCAGCCGCGCGCGCACGCGUUCGCUUUUCCUCCUCGGCCGAGAUAUUAAAUAAACAUGACUCGGGAAUCACUCGAUUGUGCGGGGCAAUUUCGCCACGUAUGCGAGAACGUAGCACGCGCAAUCGCAUCCUCAUCCCGAAGUUAAACCCGACGCGGCCGGUAACAGCGAAUUAAUAGCGAGCGCGUAUCAGUUUUCCCGGGUAUUCCUGUCAUUCGACACCCGGCCGCACGGUCACGCACGCCCGCGCGGGGCAGUGGGGGAAAAAAAAAAAAAUUACAAGCCGUCGAACGGAUCAAUUUUCGAAACACGUGACACAUGACAUGUGGCGUCGCGCGCCGCCGCCGCCGGCUGUGCGCGCUUCACGCUGCUGGCGCGAAAAGGCGGUUAACCGAUGAAAUAGAAUAGAAUGGAGCAAGGGAAAAAGGAGAAAAAGGGAGAAACAAGAACAACGCAACGCGAAGGACUUCGCACUCGCGUGCGCGCGCGCGCGCCGCUCGCGAGAAACAGCGCGCGCGAAAGUAAUUAGCGGUUACGCUGUCGCUCUGUUCGGUCACGGGAGGGGGAUUCGAUUAAAAUCACGGUGACGUGCCGGCGUAUCAGAGUCAAGCUCAGUUUCCUUUCCGGCGUCUUUCAGAAUGACAGCGACGCCGUCGUGGUCGUGGUCGUGGUGGUGGUCGUCGUCGUCGUCGUCGUCGUCGUCGUCGCCGUCGUCGCCGUCGUCGCCGUCGUCGCCGUUGUUGUCACUGUCAUUGUUGUCGUCGUCGUCGGCGCGUCUCGCGAACUCGACAUCUCGUUCUCGGCUCUUCUCGUCGCAGUGACAGGUCGUGACAGCUUCGCUAAGGUGACUCUCGCGAUCACAGUACAGGGUCGGAGGUGCGGACGAGUGAGAAGGACGCUCGCCCGAGAACACGAAACGUUAUUCGCUCGCGUCCCCGUGUGUUCCCCGUGCACGUGCUCGCUCUCGUGCAAGUGUGACGCUGUUCCCGCGUGGCGUAGCCAGGCCAGGCAAUAAUCGCUCGAUCGAUCGUUAACGAGCGGAUCGAGAGAAGAGCGAGUCGCCGUCGCACCGCAAUGGACCGCGGGAUAUUGCGGCAAAUACUGAUCGGGCUGGUCUGCAGCCUCAUGGUCAUCGAUUGCGGCUUCCACGAGGGAUGGUGCACGCCGACCAUAUCCAAGUUCAACGGCGAGGAUCCGUUGAGCGCGACGAGCAACGAGAUCGCCUGGAUAGUGAAUCUCAUGUACGUCGGCGUCGGCAUCGGCUCCUUGAUACCGUUCGCACUGAUGAACAGCAUCGGCCGUAAGGGCACUCUGCUGAUCACCACGAUACCGAAGAUCGCGUCUUGGCUCUUCAUCGGCCUGUCCACGUCCACGCAUUACAUAUUCGUCGGCCGGGUGUUGGCGGGCAUAGGAUGCGGCGUAACCUACGCCGUCAUGCCGAUGUAUCUCGGCGAGAUCAGCAGCAAACGGACCAGAGGUCCUUUAGGUACCCUAACAGCCGUCCUGAUCAACAUCGGGGUGCUGCUCAUCUACACGAUCGGCCUGUGGAUCAGUCGAUUCACGAUGGCGAUGAUAAGCGUGUGCGCGCCGGUGCUGUUUCUACUGACAUUCAUAUGGCUGCCCGAGAGCUCGGUGUUUCUCACGCGGAAGAACAAGCUCGAGCCCGCGAUGAGGACCCUCCGCUGGACCCUGGGCAAGGAGAACGUGGACGAGGAGUUGGAGGAGGUCAAGCGGAUCGUGGCGAUCGAGGACAAGUGCGGCCAGAUAAGCCUCGGCGAGAUGUUCAAGCAGACCGUCACCAAGACGCAGAACAGGAGAGCCUUUCGAAUCGCUCUGAUAGUGCUGAGCGGCCUGUCGCUGACGGGCGCGGCGCCGAUACUCGUGUAUCAGUCGUACAUCUUCGACCAGGCCGGUUUCGAGAUCUCGACCAACGCCAGCAUCAUCCUCACCGGCAUCGCCAUCGUCGUGGCCGGCAGCGUCUGUGUGACGCUGGUACGGUUCACCGGCAAGAGAUUGCUGCUGCUGAUCGCAACGCCGAUUUGCGUGCUAUCGUUGGCGACGAUAGCCAUUUUCUUCCAGCUGCAAUCCGGCGGCUACGACGUCUCCCGGUUCAAGUGGGUGCCCACAGUCUUCGUGGUGAUUUACGUGCUCGGUUUCGGACUCGGCCUUAAUCCGAUACCGCUCGCUUAUAUCGGCGAGAUCUUCGCCUACGAGGUCAAAGUACCCGCCGCGAUGUUCAGCGCUCUCUACUACGCCUUGAGCACCAUCGUCGUUGUGAAGCUUUAUCAGGUCUCGCAAGAACUGUACGGCACGUUCGUACCAUUAUGGAUAUUCACCGCGGUAACGCUUCUUAUAUGGUUAUUAAUUUACCUAUUUGUGCUGGAGACCGAAGGCAAAACCUUGGAACAGAUACAAUUGCAACUGCAGAAUAAGAAGUUGCUUCCUAAGGACGAGUGUGCAGCGUUAUAAGCGUCAUAAUUCGGAGAUCGGGCCGCCCAAUUCCACAACGUUCAUUCACGUGACUUGCACGAUCUUGAGAUCGUGCAUUUAUAUUGGAAAAAAAAAACAAAAAAAAAAACAAAAAAAAACAUCACAGCGAAAUCUCGCCAAUUAUAUUACGAUACUCGAGUAGUCAGAUAAUUGUGUACAUACAAAUGUAGCAGUAAGUGCAAAACGCGUGCAAUUAUUACGAGACGCAGUGGUGCCAAAAGCGACGACAAUAAAUAACGCGACAUUAUUUCGCAACAAUUUCGAAACGUUAUCGAUCAUAUCAAUCGCCAUCUAUCGCCGACUAUCAUCAAGGAUGAAACGUUCUUUCGGCGAAUAAAUCGACGCAUGUCGAACAUAACAAAUGCGAUACGUAGCUUUAUGCCUUGUUUUUAUGUUCAAGGCAAAAUCAAGGCAGACAUCGGAAAUGAUUAGCGUGAAAUUGUGUGUCGAGCUUGUGAAAGAAUUAGGUAGAAUGAGACGAUGCGAGAGAAAGAGGGAAGGCGAGGAGGAAGGGAAAAUCAUUGAACUUGUUUGAUCGUAAAGCUGCAACUCCGCAAAGAGAAUCGUUUAGUGGCAAUAUCGACGAGAUUCGUACGUUCGACCGGACAAGUUAAGCUCUCAUUAAAAACACAUUUGCAACGUGAAUUCGUCGAUCUCCCUCUUUCUCUCUCUCUCUCUCUCUCUCUCUCUCUCUCUCUCUCUCUCUCUCUCUUGCUCCCUUGCUCGUUGAUCCUUCCUUGAAAUCUAAUACCGACAAAUAUCACCUUACCGUUGCGCAUUACCAAAUAAAAUGUCACCGUUCACACUAGGGGUGCACGAGCGAGAAGAACAAAUGUAUAAAACCCAAUAAAUACACGACUUUUCAAUGACA